AUGACGGGGAGUGAGAAGGACUCUCCUGCUGCUCGCGCGCGCAAGAUCUGCAAGGUGACUCGCGCCUGCGAUGCCUGCAAGGCCAAGAAGAAGGCCUGUACCGGCACCAUCCCCUGCGCCCCCUGCGCCCAUCGCCAGCUGCCCUGCACCUACGACACAGCAUACAAUCGCGGCGUGGCAACCAGUCCUCCACCCUCAUCUUCGCGUACGCGAGACCGGCUGACUCCGGAUGUUCAGCCGCAGUCUUCCCCGACCUUCGUUUGGUCCGCAAUCUCCGAUCGAGCUCAAAGUCCGCGGAUAGCUCUUGCAUCGCUGCCCAGGAGAGCCCCCCAAUCGGCUUUCAUCAAUGCAUCGGAAGAAAGAGGUCCAGCAGAAUUGCCUGACCAAUACUGGGGCCCGAGUUCCGCCCAUUCGUUCUUGGGGCAGGUUGUCCAGGAGCUGCGGGCCACCCCUUCGAAAUCUAUCACUCUUUCGCGGGACCCCGAUGCUCCGUCAACGGUGUCCAUCUUUUCGUACGGCGAUCGCAUCCUGCCGGAGGUCCAGCUGACGGACUUUGCCUGGCCUGACGAGACUAAGGCUCAGAGCCUCAUUCGCCGAUAUUUCGAGUUUGCGGCCCCUACCUACCGUGUGCUGCAUCAGCCAACGGUUCAAACGCUGUUGCAUCGCCUGUACCCCGACGCACCACAGGGCGACCAAUCGGAGAUUGGUGAUAAACUCGAUGUUGCAUCCCAGGCAGUCGUACUACUGCUUUUGAGUACGGCAAGCAUGUUUCGGGCUGACCGUCUGCUAUCGCUCGAGAUGGGAGCCCCUAGUCUGGCCUCCGUCCAAGCGCGAUUUCUCAUGGUGCUUUAUCUGCUGAGCUCCUCUCGAGCACAGAAGGCUUGGUUUACCUUCGGAACAGCAGUCCAGCUGAUGAUGGCCCUCGGUCUGCACAGCCGUCGAGCGAGAAUGCAUCAUGGCAAGGAUGAGGACGUGGUGCAGAAGGAAUGUCGGCGGCGCCUAGUCUGGUGUUCAUAUACCCUGGACAAAUACUUGAGCGUGAUCCUGGGUCGUCCACGACUUUGGAAAGAUGAGGAUUUGACCGAAGACCUCCCCACACGGAUCAAUGACGAGGAUCUGACAAGUGGGGAAACGCGCUUAUCCAAGCGCGACUGUAUGAUGGAUGCCCCGAUUCUCACCCAAGCAGCCAAGGAACCCUACGUCCUUACCGGUCUUUCCAAUCGGCAGCAGAUAAAAACCAUCGGAAACUUAUGCAGGAAGGUCGCGGACUGGCAGGCUGAACUCCCCCCUUUCCUAUCAGGGGUCAUUCAGCCCAGCAGUCUGGUCCCGGUUUUUCGCCGCCAACUUACUGUUCUGCAACUAGCCCGACACCAUGCCUUGAUAUUCAUCACACGCCCCUUGUUGCUGCGAGACUACGGGCAUAUUUACGAGCACCAUCUCCGCCUUUGUCUAACCGCGGCAUCAGACGCGAUCGAGCUGAUUAUGGGAUUCGUACGAGAUGACGAGUUGUUCCCCGCAUUCUGGUAUUCGCAGUACAUCGCCUUCAAUGCUCUAUCGGCUAUAUACAUAUACCUGAUUCAAGUCAUGCGGGGCCGUCUGCCCCCUGUGAGUAUUGAUUUUAACGCGAGCCCUGAUCGCGUCUUACACAUAGAUUUGGUCGAAUCCACGUUGUACGGAAGGUCCGAAGACGCGCUGAGGCACCUUGCUGAUGCGACCGCUCGGAAUGCACCCUCCUGGAAAUAUAGCGUCAUCUUGCAAAGCCUCCGACGCGAGGCCAGGCUGGGACUCCUAACACUGACCACGUACGGCACAGUUGCGGAGGCGACUGAUCCACACCACAGGCCCUGCGAACCAACGCAUCGCUCUGUUGCACAAGCACGUGAGCCGAGUGUUCGCGACCAGCGUCUGGGAGAAGUACCGGCAAGGGACUAUGUAUCGGAUUCUAAUGAGGUGCCGAUCACGCCCACAGGGAUGGAUCCCUCGGUUGACCCAGGCCUACUCGAUCCACGGACCCAGUCACUUCUGGAUAAUUUUGUCAGCGGCGAAGAUCCAAUCCUUGAUUUCUGGCCACAGCUGGAUAGCUUGCCUAUCAUACUUAAAUACUAUGACCACGAUCUGUGA